AUGGGGGAUUUGUACGAGGAGUUGAACAGUAAAGUGGCGAAAAGGCAGAAAGCUGUCUUGUUGUUGUUGGCUUCUAUAGUUAGGCGUGGGCCGGGUUUGGCGUGGGAGGUGGCAAAGGGUUUUGAUUUUAAAACUGGGAAUUUCUCCAAGCUUGCUGAGUGGAAGGCGAGGGGGAAUGAGGGGAUGAGGAGGUAUUUGACGAGGAAGGAAUUUGUUGGUUUUGCUAUGUCAUUUUUGGAAGUGGGGAAUCCGCGGCUGUUGAGAGGGAUUUUGCAGCAGAAGGAUAUGUAUUCAGGGGUGCUUCGUGGGUUGGGAAAUGAUGAUGAGGAGAUUGUGGUUUAUGUUCUUCUGACGUUGCGGAAUAGAGUACUUGUCCCGGAGUCGUUGGUGCCUCCGGGCCUAAGAAGCGUGUUGUUUGGGAGUGCUACUCUGGAGCAAUUGAUAAGCAUUUCAGGGAGGCAGGAUGGUGGGCUUGCUGCUGAGGUGGCGCAUAGUGUGCUAGUAAUGGUGUGUACGGAUCCUUCUAACGGGUUGAUGCCAGAUUUAGAGAGGCAGCCUAAUCCUUUGAAGGGAAAUGUGAAGCGAUUAGUGGAUCUUAUGAAGAAGCUCAAACCCACAGAGGUUGAGUACCACAAAGACCUGCUUUUGGCCAUUGUAAAAGGGAGGCCGGCCUUUGGGUCAGCAUACUUGGAGAACUUCCCUCAUAAUCUUGAAGACCUGGCAUCACCUAACUGGUUUUCUGCUAUUUCUCUGGCUGCAGAUGUCAUGUCCUCAGUUGGUGAUGGAUUUACAUGUGCCUAUGUUAACUCUCAGUCUCAGGAGCCCCCAUCCAUUGACAAUCUGAUAGUCCAAGACAUUAUGAAGUGCAUAGGGCCACGCCCAUUCACCCGAUUGGUAAUGAAUAAAGGGUUGCUUCACUCUGAUCCUCUUGUGAAACAUGUAACUCUGAGGCUUGUAUCGGAGGAACUAAAGCUUCUCGACUUUUUAAUUGGCUCUGUAAAUGAUCUGUCCAGUUCCAGUGAUCAAGUGAUGCAUAAGUGGGCAUCUUUCAAGCGAGAUGUUCAGAAUGUAGUCCAGAUUUUACUUCCUGAUCCCCAGGUGCUAUUAUCACUACUUUCUUCACUCAGUGGCUACUGCAAGAGUCCUGCAUCAAGAAUGAAGAGGGCUGCAGAUGUAGAUGUUACAGUCGAGCAUAAUUUGCACAAGAAGAAGAAGUUGAAGAUGAAUAGCGUGGAUGAGGACAUGGAUAUUCUCGUCAGUGGGGUUAGUUCAACCACUGAAGGGGCUUUGACUGAGAAUGAUGGAGUGUCAGAAGAGGAUGUUGAGGAUCAGCUGAAUAGUGGAGUUGACCUCCUGAAACCUGUUCUAGAAAUUUGGGGUUUGCAGGGAUGCUCCAGUGUAGAUAUCAGAACUGAAGAUGGGGACACAUACUUUUACUCAAAGUUGCUUGAUGUUCUCAGAAUUUAUCAUCGGACUCUGCCUACUGCUGUGGAAGGAUCAUUUGACUUCUUUAAAGUUCUCCCAAGCAAUCCUUUAGCACUACCUACAAUUUUGCAGCAGUCUAUGCUGUCACUGCUUGUAGAACAAGUUGUUGGGUCCAACAAGUCUCAGAUUUCCAUCAGAACCCAACCAUUGAUGUACAAGUAUCUUCAUUCAUUUAUCAAUUUGUUUAUGUAUUCACCAAUAAGAGACAUAAAAGAUCAGGCUUACUCUUUAGCACAAGCAGCCAUGUUGAGUACAGGUGCAUUUGACAGAAAUCCAAGGGAAAUUUCUGCUUGGUUUCUAUUUAUACCUGGCUAUACCAGUGUGGUUAUUGAUGGUCAAAAACAUGGGAUUGAAGUAUUCCAAAAGUUGUCUUCAGUUGUCAUCUCUUUUCUUUGCGAUGCAGUUUCUACUACUGGGAACAACUUGUUCAAAUAUUUGGAUCUCUUAAGGGGCUAUAUCCGUGAUUUAGAGUUUCUACAGGUUUGGGUUUUGUUGGUGGAUUUACAUGGUGAAAGGUUUACUAGUGGUUCUAUAUGGAAAACACAGACCCUCUCUGUUUAUUUAAGGCUGCUGUUGACUGACUCAGCUAUUUUAGCUCCCUUUCAUAGUUUGUGUACUGGAGAGAAGUGCUUGAGGUUACUUAGCUCUGAAACUGGUUCUUUUACAUUGCCCGAGAAGUCAAUGAUAUCAUUGUAUGUUUCUACCACAUUAAAGUAUCUCCUGGAAACUCAGGUUGAAGGUGGACUUUUGUGUUCCCUGACGCAGCUUUUGAUAUCAGAGAGACUUAAAGGUUGUUGCGAUAUGAUUGGAUUCUGCCCUUGUGAAUGGAUGCCGAUGAAUAGUUUGUUAUAUUUUGCAAGGAAUGUGCAGCAACAAAUUUAUAGCAGUUUUAUGUCUGAAGAGAAAGCUACUGGUCUUGGUGGUUCAUUUUCUGAGACACUUUCUGAAGUUAAUAGGAUUUUAAGGACUAAGGAUCAUUGUGGGUUGCUUGGAGUUACUAUGGGGUUUUCUUUUUCAAUGAUAUGCACCACAGCUGAUCAGAUAUUGCAGAAUUUCCCAUCGACCAUCUCUACUUCUACUAAAUUGCUUGGGGUUCCUUUCUCAAUUUUGUUGUUGAGAUUCUUUCUCGAACCAAGUCAUUUUGCUGAAGUUUUCAAGUUAUGGCCUAAAAUAUGCUUUGCUGGAGUUGACAAAGUUAUAAGUGGAGUUCAUGAUGGAGAAGGGCAGACAAUAGCUAAUGAGCUUGAUGAUUCACCAGAUUCUGCUUCUAUUGCAUUCUCUUUUUUAGUAAAGAAUGCUCCUUUUCAUGUGCUCUUUCCAGCUAUUUUUUUCACUGAUGGAUUGCAUUUGCUUGGUCACUCAAAAGUGCAGAAUUUGCUUCUGGAUAAAUUCACUGAGAGUACACCUGACUUCUCUGUCUCUUCUCUCUGCCGUCUUCUCUUUUGCUUGCUUCAAGCGCGAUUGGCCUAUAGAAUCAAACCAUCUGAUGAACUUGAAAAACUUUGUGAAUCAUCUUGUUUUCUUGCAAAGCACAUAGUAAAACAAUCAUUUGUUGAAAAAUUUGGUCCUGAUUGCUCCCCGCGUGUUUUGCCUCCUUUAUCAUCUGGUCAUAUUCGAGAAGUGGCUGAAAUAAUUCUUGGCCACCCUUUACUCACUGCAUUGCUGGAAUGGCCUUUGCAUACCGAUAAUGAUGUUGGUGACAUGAUUUUUAUGAAACCUCCAGAAACCUUUCUUCAGUAUGCUGAACGGGGUGUUCGUAAAAUAGAUCAUCAUAUUUUGCAGUUGUUAAGAAGAACCACAUCUGAGCUUUUGGUUCAUGUAUUUAGUAAAUGUAGAUCACCAUCUGUGGUUGAUCAUUCUACUGAACGGAUUGCAAAGGCUUUCAAGGCUCUGGUGCAGAAGCUAUUUUUGACAUUUAAGGCGAGGUUCACAGAUUCCAGAAAGACAGAUGAUUUGAUGCCUCUAAUUCCUACAUUGUAUGCUUUGCAUAGUCUGAGUGAAUUCAUAUGUCCCUUUGAGUUGCUCAAUUUGGUGCACUGGUUGUUCUCCAGAAUUGAUCUAAAUGAUACUGCAGUUUCCAUUUCUUGUCAAAGAUGUGGUUUGUCUGUUGGAUUACAAAUUGCUUCAUGGGCUUUUGAUUCUCUUUCUUUAUAUAUGUUAGAGCCACAUGCAAAGAGGACAUUAUUCAAUUUCUUUAUGGGUACUGGAAACAGAAGUUUUGAAAUUACCCUUUUUGAGAGAAUUUUUAACAGCAUAUUUGAGAUUGCCACUCACACUCAACUAGAAGUUGCUGAUAUAUGUUUAUUCAAAGCUGUUAAGAUCAUCAAAAUGCAUAAAUGUAUGGAGAAGACCAGCUUACCUUUUGUUAUGGCUACUUCAAGACUUCUACCCAGUGUUCCUGUGAACUUUAUUUCUUAUUGCUUGGACAAGACAACCAAGACUAAGUGUGACUUCUUGUUUCUUCUGUCUGAGAUGAGCUCCCUGCAUCUUUGUGUAUUUGGACAUUUGGUUUCUGGUAAAAUUAGUAAUAAUCAAGCUCUUAAGGUCAACAAGGAAGAAAACUGCAAUCGGCCUCAGUACUCUGAAGAGUUCUUGAUGCUUCUGCCAACUGUUCUGUUAUACUUGAGGUCAAAUUUUCUGAAAUUUGGGGGCCAAUUUGGCAAGCAUGUUGAAAACACUUCUUCUUUCUUUUGGAAGAUCCUUUUGCGUGGUUUCUCUAACUGGAAGAGUUUUGUUUCGGAAGAGAUAUUUGAGAUAAAACUUGUUGAGUGCUCAUCUUUAUGCAUGGAAGAUUUUUCUAACCUUUUCUCUUCCAGUCUUCUUGGAAAAGCAGUACUGCUGAUGCGUCAUUACCUUGCUGUGAGUGGACACUUGGUGAAAAUGAAAAGGCUAUUGAGUACAUUUGAUUCUGUUUGCCCACAUGCGAGUGCACAGAAUGAUCUUCUGGACUGCGAUGCUAGAGAAAUUGGUGUUUGUUCUCUUGAGUUGUCUUUGAACUUUGUGAACAAAAUUAUUGCAAAGAUAUGCCUCUGUUGGAUGUUGUUAUUUCCAGAGCAUAAUAAUCUUCAAUCUGUAGUGAAAGAUGGAAAGAAAAAAGGAAUUGAAUCAGAAGUUAGCAUUUUGAGAAUCCGAUUUUUAAGUAUGCUGGUCCAUUCAUGGCAACGUCUUGUGGAGAAUUUUCAUACAUGCAGGCAAGGAGAGAACAUAAGGUCGUCAUUGUUUAGAUUCUUGGAGAUCUUCAUUGCUAAGAAUAUAGUAGCAUUGGUAAGAGAAAUGCAUGAUUGCCUGGUUGAAUUGCAUUCGCUUCCUUUCUUAGACCAACUUGCCAAAUAUUCUCUUCUUCAUAGGUUUGAUGACCCUACCACAAUUAGGAUGCUUAGAAUUGUUCUUAUUUCACUAUCUGAGGGAAAGUUCUUGUGCAUUUCAAUUCUCCAGCUGUUACUUGCUCACUCUCAAUUUGCUCCAACCAUUCUAUUUGCCCAUUCAUCAACUGUUUGUACUCAAUUUGGUAUGAGUUUUGCUCCGGCACCCAGCAUUAUGAGGUUAUUUACUGUUCUUCAUACUGAAGAAAACACGGUUGAUGGAAAAAAGGAUGCUCAUGAAACUGGGCCUCACAUGAAGAAGUUGGAACUGAUUAAGUUGCUCAGAGUACUAAUACAUAUCUUGGGUCAGCAACAUUAUCUUGAUUCUGAAACAUCCAAUGGCUUAAAUUUGAAGGAAUUGGUUUUGGUGCUUUUGUCUUCUUAUGGAGCAACCAUGGAUGAGAUUGAUUUGGAAAUGUAUAGCCUCAUGAAUGAAAUUGAGGCUAUUGAUAAAUCAGUCUCUGAAGGUAUUGCUGAAAUGGAUUUUCUAUGGGGCUCUGCUUCUCUGAAGGUGAGACAAGAAAGGGAACAAAAGCAAAGUGUAUCUUCUUUGAGUAACUCAUAUGAUAAUGAAGUAGUUGGAGAGAGACGAAGGAUUCAAUUUAGAGAAAAUCUUCCCAUUGACACCAAAUUAUGUGCAAUGACAGUCCUUUGUUUUCCUCAUGAUAGAUUUGCUGAUGGGAGCUUGAGCAAGCUCCAAACAAAUGAUUCUGAUGAGGGCUACAAUGCAAAUUCUAAGAAGGUGCAACUUUAUGAUCCAGUUUUCAUCUUGCGUUUUUCAAUUCACAGUCUUGCAAUGGAGUAUAUUGAGCCCCUGGAGUUUGCUAGUUUGGGUUUGCUUGCAAUUACAUUUAUCAGUUUGUCUUCUCCUGAUGCUGAUACAAGGAAAUUGGGCUAUGAGGCUGUUGUGAGAUUUAAGAGUGCUGUGGAGAAAUGUCGCAAGAGGAAGGAUGUGAUGCGACUCCGGCUCUUAGUAUCAUACUUGCAAAAUGGUAUAGAAGAAGAGUGUCAGAGGAUUCCUUCCAUAACUGCUGUAUUCAUUGCGGAAGCUUCUUUUGUUCUGUUAGAUUCUUCCCAUGAUCAUUAUUCAGCUAUAAGUAAAUGCCUGAUGCGGUCAUCAGGUGCUAAUAUGAAGGGUGUACCAUUAUUCCAAGAAUUCUUCUGGAGUAGCUCUGUUACUUUUAAGUCAGAAAGGUUGUGGAUGCUUCGGCUUUUAAACACAUCUCUGACUAUGGAUGAUGAUGCUCAAAUACUUGUCAGAAAUUCCAUUUUUGAGAUCCUUUUAAAUUUUUAUGCCUCUCCUCUUUCCGAUGACGAGUCAAAGGAACUGAUCGUUGAGAUGGUGAAAAAGUCCGUCAAAAUAAAUAAGCUUGCAUGGCAUUUGGUUGUACGCUGUGGCAUAAUUUCUUGGCUGUCUUCUCAUGUUGCAUCUUUUUACGGGAUUCUACUCAGGGACCAGAGAAGUUUUUCAUUUGCUAAGUUAGCUAUGGUUCUGGAGGUAGCCAAUGAUGUUAUUAUGUCUAGAAAUACUAGUGAGUGGUUGCAAAAAUAUGCCCUAGAGCAGCUUUCUGAACUUGCAGCUCAUCUGUACAGAAUCUUAGUUGGUUGUUCUAAACAUAUACAAGAGAAAACCAGAAUCAUUGAUUUGAUUCUAGAACUAUUGAUGUCAACCCUGAAGAUCUCACAGAAAAGAAAAAUAUAUCAGCCGCAUUUUACAAUAUCUUUUGAAGGUUUAUACCAUUUGUACGAAGCUGUUGAUGUCUGUUGCAGUGGGACCUUCAGUUCUACUGCUGAGAUUGGACUGAAAGCUGUCCUUAUGAGUACUCCUCCAGUUUCUAUACUUCACAUGGAUAAAAAUAAGCUUUUGAAGUUUGUUAGCUGGGCAAUAUCAACUGCUGUGCAGUCAAACUUGAUGGAGGUGCCUGAAUCUGAAGCAAUGUAUAGCAAUGCCUUGAGAUUUUCAGAACAAUCUGAAGAGGAUCUUGUAUCAAAGCUUUUAAGAUGGCUGACUGCCUCAGUGAUUCUUGGAAGGCUUUCAUGGAAAUUGAGUGAUUUGAAUUCCACUAGUUCUUCUGAAUAUUAAAGCUUGAUAAUCUGCAUUGUAUCAUGGACUAUUGUGUGAAGGAAUGUGGAGAAAACCAGGAGAAUUUUGGCAGCAAAGAUACUAGCUGUAUCAAUUUUUACCUACAGCAGCUUGCAGGCAUAAAGUGGAAUUUUCUUCCAUCAGUUGUUGCUGCACUUUCUCUCCU